UGAUAAUGGAUAACAAUGACAAAAAGCAACUUUGGACAAAGCUAAAUGUGUAUCUUUCUACAGUAGUCAGAUUUUUGUUACUGUUACAUGUAUGGAUUGGAAUGAAAUGAACAAAAACUUGAAUCGUUUUAAUGUCAAAUAAAAGAAAUCAAAGUUCUCAGCAGUGGAUCUAAUGAGUUACAGGGUUUUGUGUUUUUGCAAGAAUUGUUCCAUUUUAUUCACACUCAGAGGGAAUGGAAACUGUUUCAUUGCAGGCUUUUGUUCAUGGUUUGUAUGUGCUUAAUUUUAUAUUCAUAACAUGCAACAAGAAUGAAGAAAUAAGUUUCCUCAAAUGGCAACAAUGACAUGUGACGAGGAUACAAUUACGCGAAUUAUGCAUGCAAAUUAUAUGGAUACCUCGGCGUACUUUUUGAUUACGAUUUCUGCUGUGGUUGUUUUUAUGGGUACUAAAAUUGUGUUCAGCAAAAUUCGCAGAGACAUGGCACAAUCAACAGUGAUAAUAAUAGGAGCUGGUCCUAUAGGUUUGACUUCAGCACUUAUUGCUGUUCAGUGUACUCGUGUAAGAAAACUAGUGCUGUAUGAGGAACAUACAAAAUCCAACGUUGAAAAAAGAAUGUAUCAGAUAACCAUACAAUCCCAAUAUGUGUCAUUUCUAAGGAGUUAUGGGGUUGAUUUUGACAACUUAGAAGGGUUAUGGAAAGAUGGAUGCUUUUACACACGGGCUGGAAUAUACCUUGAAUAUAUAUUACACAUUUUACCACUUUAUGCAACAGACAUCGAUAUGAAAUUUGGCACAAAAUUUUGUCGUGACAGCAGUGACAUAGUUGAUCAAAUAUCUGGACGUAAGUUGGUAAUAUGUUGCGACGGAUCUUCAGGACUUGCAUCAACUACUUUAGGACUUAGUGAUGAAUGUAUAAUUCACCCAAGUGGAAUAUUUGGAGCUGUUGCUUCUUUAGAACGUAACAAUAAAACACUAGUACCAGCACCUGAAAAACGUGUUCAUAAUCUUUCCUUCGAUAUAUCGGCGUACAAUUCUUCUGCCUUUGAGGACAAUGGAGGUUCACCGUUUACUUUGAAGAUUUUUGGAAACACAAAAUAUAGACAUUUAGCCUUAGCCAUUAACAAAUGUGAUUCAAAUGUUUUCAGGGUUUUAAGAACAGUAUUAGAUAAAUCGAUGAUGAGAAAUAUAUUUUUGAAAUGUUUCAAUACUUACAAGCUGUCAGACGAAGCGAGUAUAAGUGACUCAUAUUGCCUCAACAACAUGAAGUUUAGCCCAAGAUUGUAUGAAAUUAAACUGUCACAGAAGAUGGAAAAUGUUGUUUACAUAGAAGACUGUGAUCUUUUUAUUAUAACAGAGGGCGAUGCUUCAAGAUCGUGUAACUUUAAUACAGGAUUGGAGCUCAACAUUGGCUUGCAAGGUUUAACAACGCUAGAACCAUUUAUAGAGGGCGUUUCUCUCGCUGAAACAGAACAUUCUAUUAUGCAUACCCUUCUUUUUAAAAUGGAACAUUCUGAUAAAAUAUGUAAAGACCAUUUAAAGUAUGGUCUGAAGGAAUUUAUAUUUUGAUACAAUGUUUGGUCAAAUGACUAUGCAAAUACUCAUACAAUCUUUAUCUUUAAUUAGAGUAAUUAAAACUGUUCUGACCAACUUAUGUUUAGGAGUCUACCAUGGUACUUUCAUAAAAGAACUACUUCAAUAGAUUAGAUCUGUGUUUCUUUUAAUUACUUCGUCUCUUAUCUAGAAAUUAAAUUAUACAGGCAAUCAGGCGCAUGUCUCCAAUCUGUAUUUAUCAAUUUUGCCAUCCGUUUGAUCUUUGAAAUAAUUUGAAUAACCCAUUUUACUCACGCGCUGAGUAAAUUACUGAUAA